GCCUGCGCCGUGGGGCUGAUCGCCGUGGGGAUAGUGGUCAAGCCGAUCCUGAGCGGGACCAUGAGCCACGGGGCUGCUACUCCCGGCAGCCUGUUGCCCGUGAUCAUCAUCGCAGUGGGUGCCUUCCUCUUCCUGGUGGCCUUCCUAGGCUGCUGCGGAGCCUGCAAGGAGAACUACUGUCUCAUGAUCACCUUUGCCAUUUUCCUGUCUCUCAUCAUGCUCGUGGAGGUGGCCAUCGCCAUCGCCGGCUACGUUCUUAGAGACAAGGUGAGAGCGGAGUUCAGUAAGGACUUCCAGCAGCAGAUGCGCAAUUACCCCAAAAACAACGAUACGGCUGCGUUCCUGGACCAGCUGCAGACGAAAUUUGAGUGCUGCGGGGCCGCUAACUACUCAGACUGGGAGAGCAUCCCCGGCAUGGGCAAGGACCGGGUCCCCGACUCCUGCUGUGCCAACGUCACCGUGGGCUGUGGCAUGGACUUCAAGCCGCAGUCCCUCCACACCAAGGGCUGCGUGGAGAAGAUUGGGAGCUGGCUGAGAAAAAACGUGUUGCUGGUGGCUGCAGCAGCCCUGGGCAUUGCUUUUGUGGAGGUCCUGGGCAUCGUCUUUGCCUGCUGUCUUGUGAAGAGCAUCCGCAGUGGCUAUGAAGUGAUGUAGGGGUCUGGCCUCCCAGCCCCCUCAUCUAGGGGAGUAGAGUAGUAUCCCGGGUUUUUUCAAUUAAACGGAUUAUUUUUUCAGACCGAAAA